GCCUCACAUAUUGGAGUGGGGAGAUGAAGUGGCUCCGUUCGGAAGAGGUCGAGUACAUCUCACUCAUCGUGAACGAAGAUGCCGCGCAUGACUGCGUCCAGAAGCUGGGGGAUCUUGGUGUCGUUGAAUUCACCGACUUGAAUCCGGAAUUGACUCCGUUCCAACGCCGCUAUGUCUCUUACGUCAAGCGUUGCGACGAAAUGGACCGCAAGCUUCGUUUCUUCGCGGGGGAAUUGUCCAAGCUGAAGAUCACCCCUAAGAGUGCCGGCAGUAUCGAUUCCUUUUUGGCAGGAUCAGCGGAUGUCCGCUAUGGCAGCCAAGACACGGCGGUUCGUGCGUUGGACACUUUGGAACGUAUCUUGGAAGACAAGGAACAAGAGCUCCUUCAACUGAACACGAUGCACGAGAAGUUGACCCGCGAGUACAAUGAGCGCAAGGAACUCCAAGAAAUCAUCUCGCGUGUUGGCGAAUUUUUUGAAAUUGACAUCCCGGAUGUCGCUCGUCACGACUCCCGCGUCAAUUCGCGUUCAGGAAGUUCGAUGAAUUUUGGUUUGCCGUCAGCUCCUGCAGUGACUGAAGCCGACUUGGCCAUUCGCUUCAAGAGCAUCACGGGUGUCGUGCCCGCUGACGAACGUCUCAAGUUCGAACGCAUGAUCUUCCGUGCGACCCGUGGCAACUGUUUGUCUCGCUUCUCCGCCAUUGAUGACCUCCUCGUCGACCCCGGCACUGGUGUUGCAGUCGAAAAACACGCGUUUGUAAUCUUUUUCCAAUCCCAGUUCAUUGAGACCAAGCUGCGCAAGAUCUGCGAUGCCUUCCAUGCCCGAUUGUACACCUUGCCAUCCAUGGACGAUCGAACCGCGAUUGCUAACCUCAUCCAAAGCAACAACGCCGAACUGAACCAAAGCUCGCACAUUCUUCGUCGCAACCGCGAAAGCUGCGUGCUGCUCUGCCGUGAAUUGGCCGAGCAUUAUGAGUCGUGGAAGUGGUCUGUCCUGCAAGAAAAGGCGACGUACCACACCCUCAACACGUUCAAGGCGGAUGUGAGCGGCAUGCUGCGUGGUGAAGGGUGGGUCGUCAAGUCGGCCCUGGACCAAGUGCGCCGGGAAGUGGAGCGCGCCCACUCGGCCGACAAGUCGAUGCCGUCGCUCGUGGACAUGGUCCCCAAGCCAUGGCCUGUCCCGCCCACGCAUUUCGAAACCAACAAGUUUACUGAAGUGUUUCAGGCGUUUGUCGACACGUACGGCGUCCCUCGCUACGGCGAAAUCAACCCGGCUGUGUUCACGGCCGUGACGUUUCCAUUUCUGUUUGGGGUCAUGUACGGCGAUAUUGGUCACGGCUUUUGCGUGUUCCUCUUUGGUCUGUACAUGAUCGCGACCGAAAAAAUCUUGGAGAAGGGCCGCGUGAGCGAGAUGACCGCGCAACUGUACGGCGGUCGGUACAUGAUCACCCUUAUGGGAGUGUUCGCCAUCUACGCCGGGUUCGUCUACAACGAUUUCUUCUCGCUGCCGCUCAACUUGUUUGGGAGCAAGUGGAAGUACCCUGAAAACUGCGAAGAGCUCGGGAAAGAGCACUUGAAGUGCGAAGCAUUUUACUCGUACGACGGCGUCGUCAACUCGUCGCUUGUGAACGUCCAAAACGGCCACAACGUGUACGGGUUUGGGCUCGACCCGAUCUGGAAGACGUCCGAGAACGAACUCUUGUUUUUCAACUCGUUCAAGAUGAAGCUCAGCAUCAUUUUGGGGAUCACGCAAAUGGGGUUUGGUAUCCUUCUCAAGGGCUGGAAUGCGCUGCAUUUCAAGGACUACGCGCUCUUCUUCCUCGACUUUGUGCCGCAGUUCGUUUUUGCUGCGUCGCUCUUCUUUUACAUGGUCGUGCUCAUCGUGAUGAAGUGGAUGAUCAACUGGUCCGAGCGCAUGGAGUUCCCCGAGUGCCCGUUCAAUUUUGAAGGACCCAAAACUGGCUGUCGCCCGCCUGCGCUCAUCAACACACUCAUCAACAUUGCUCUGCAACCCGGCAGCGUCGCGGAUCCCAUGUACGAUGGCCAAAAGACAACGCAGCAGAUUCUCUUGUUGUGCGCCGCCGUGUCGGUGCCAGCCAUGCUCUUGGGGCACCCGUUGUACUUGAAAUGGGUCCACGGCCAGGCCGCUCCGGAAGUGUCGCAUCAAGUCGACUUUGAACAACUUGAAGAAGACGACGAUCAUUCAAAGUUGGCCCCGGCGGCGUCGCAUGGUGGUGGAGGUCACGGCGGACAUGGCCAUGGCGAAGAAUUUGAAUUCUCUGAAGUGUUUAUCCACCAAGCGAUCGAAACAAUUGAGUUUGUCCUCGGGAUGGUGUCCAACACGGCGUCGUACUUGCGUCUGUGGGCGUUGAGUUUGGCGCACUCGGAACUGUCGACGGUGUUCUUUGAAAAGGCGAUGCUGUCGACGAUCAACAUGGACUCGUUCAUUGCAAUCUUUAUCGGGUUUGCGCUCUUUGCCGGCACGACGUUUGGUGUGAUUUUGUGCAUGGACGUGCUCGAGUGCUUUUUGCACGCGCUGCGUUUGCACUGGGUCGAGUUCCAAAACAAGUUCUACAAGGCAGACGGUCGCAAGUUCCACCCGUUCAACUUCAAAGAGUUGAUUCGCGCGACCCAAUUCGAACCCCUUGACUAAACAACUCUGCUUCCACCCUUCUCUCUGCGACGGACGCGCAGACCUUUGGCACGAAUGGCUCGAGUUCUUUCGUGCCUUCGUGGGUUUGCCGUGGUCGCUCCUUGCAUAUUCAGCUACAAUGCAUGUAAUGGAAAUUUCAUUUCACUACCCAA